AUGUCCCAAGUCGAGAAGCCAAAGUCGACUGCCCAGCCUGUUCAGGUUUAUGGCCGUAAGGUAAGAAUUUUCUCAUUUUUGUCUAUGUUUUAGAUGUUGCUCUCGGCUAUAAGUGUAGUUUUGUUUUUUAGAAGUUGGCUACCGCCGUCGUCUACGCCAAGGAAGGAAAAGGCUUGAUCAAGGUUAACGGCCGUCCCCUUGAGCAUCUUCAGCCAGAAAUCCUACGAAUCAAACUUCAGGAGCCUCUUCUUAUCGUCGGAGCCGACAAAUUCGCUGGAAUCGACAUGCGAGUCAGAGUCAAGGGUGGUGGUGCCGUCGCUCAAAUCUAUGGUGAGUCUUGCAGAAUAUUGUUUGCGUUUAGGAAGAGCUUUCAUGAACUUUGAGAAUGUUUAACUGUCCUUAGAAAUGAUAUUGUUUUAUUAAAUAACGUAUUGCGGAUUGUUCGCAUUUACGUUUCUGUUACUUAUUUCUCUGCUUUUAGCUAUCCGACAAGCCAUCUCCAAGGCCCUGAUCGCCUACUACCAGAAGAACGUUGACGAACAGAACAAGAAGAUCCUCAAGGAGUUGUUGGUCACAUACGACCGCUCUCUGUUGGUUGCCGAUCCUCGUCGCCGUGAGCCCAAGAAGUUCGGUGGUCCAGGUGCCCGUGCCCGCUACCAGAAAUCUUACCGUUAA